AUGGCUAGCAAGGAUAGAAAACAAGAGUCAUCAUCAAAGUCGGUACGGUUUUAUGUACCCUCGAUAAAUGCCGGUGCAGCAAUUGAUAGUAAGUUUGUGGUGGACAUUGUGAACCUAGCGGAGCAGCGAAAUAGAGUUGAAAUUCUCAUUGCCGGGUCCAAUCGCACGCCACCCAACCUAGCACCACCAUUGCACGGCGAGGACACUUUCUUGUGGAGUGGUUUUCGAGACUGUUUGCAACCAAUCGACGUAACGAUGGAAGAUGGAACAGCACCGACGGCCGAUAAACCAGAUGCAUUUGAUAAUCUCGAUCACCAGCCAAACUAUGAGGGAGUUAUUGACCGUCGUAGUCCGUCGUUGGAGGCAGGCCAGAAGACUUACCACGUUAAAAUUCGGCUGACAGAAACCGACGACAUUGUGCUGUUUGAAAACCCGAGCCAUAUCGUUUCGCAGGACGCCGAAGAGGCGGCCCUGGUGGAGGAACAGAAUCGGCUGUUUGAAACACGACCCAAAGCACAGCGGACGGCGGAUGCCGAGGCUCAGACGCGCGAUCUGCCGUGCAAGUCACGCUCGGUCAACACAGAAUGCAUUCACCGGCAGGACGUGGCAUCAUUCGUGUCCAACUACGACAUGUACGACACGUACAACGAUCUCGAGCGACACACCAAGGAGAUCAAUGUGGCCGAAUCGGCAUCAAAAAUGGAAAUCACCACCUACUCGCGGGAAGGCAUGGAGGACAUCGACGAGCGGCUGAACCGGAACCAGAACUUCCACCUGUCGUCGAUGAUCCUACAGCGUCUUCUGGCGGGCAAUGUGUACCGUGAGCAGCAGAUCCGAUUCCGCAACAUGUACCCCCCGGAUCCGUGCCGGCCCGACAUCCAAUAUCUCUAUCGGUUGGAUGUGCUCUGGACGUACCGAACCGUGGAAACGCUCGGGAAGGCUGUCGCAGGCGCCAGCUGGUGUCCAGCGAAUGGGGACAUCGUAGCUAUCGCGUACGGUAUCUACGGUCACACGGGCAGCGAGGAUCGGGGCAAUGGGUACGUUUACGUGUGGAACAUUAAGAACCCGGUGAAUCCGGAACGACGCUACCGGUUCGACUGUCCAGUGACUUGCGUGGCCUUUUCUCACCGUACGCCACAGCUGUUGGCGGUUGGUCUGUACGAUGGGCGAGUUCAGAUUCGCGACAUUACUGACGCCACCCAAAGCCCAUUGGCCGUGUCGAAUCGCGACAAGUUCCCAAUCUACCAGCCCGUCUGGGACUUGAAGUGGGUCGAGUUCGACAACGAGAACAAGGACGAGGUGAUAGCCGUGUCGCAGAACGGGUGGGUCAUGAAGUACACGCUCACUAUUGGCGAAUUCCUAGCACCGUAUCCGCUGCUUCGACUGGACCGGGUGGAAGGAACCGUCGAAGGGAAGCUUCAUGGGGCCGACGGUUCCGGUGAACCGGUCAAACUUCAAUCGGACCUACACCCGCAAGCACUGUGCGUCACCAUUCAUCCGGUGAAGAAGGACAAGUACUACAUCGGCACGGACGAGGGCGCCGUUCACUGGUGCAGCAUCAACGACUCGUUCCAGCAUCUCGGCGUCUGGCAGAUGCACAACCGGGGUAUCUUCUGCAUCGAGUUCUCACCCUGGAGCCCGAAGAUUUUCCUCACGUGCAGCGGUGACUGGAGUAUACGCAUCUGGAUCGAGGAUCUCCCAGAACCGAUCGUAACGCUGAGCACCGGAUUUGCACCGAUCCAGGCAGCCUACUGGUCACCGACCAACAGCACCGUCAUUGCCAGUGUUACACGCAGCGGUGUACAGUUGUGGGACAUAAAGCGACGCAGCUCCAAGCCAGCUUCAGAGACAGCCCUAGGCGGUCUAACGACACCCCUAACGGUGGCACGCUUUACCAACUGUGGCCGCUCUCUGCUGGUCGGCGAUGCAGAAGGAAAAGCUCACAUCUGCGCCCUUGAGGACAUGCCAUUCCCACCGCACUUCCAGUAUAGAGAUCUCCAGUCGGCAAUCUACGGGAAACUUGUCACCAAGCCAGACCUUCUGACGCGCGUCCGUCGGAUGGGAUACUUGGGCUACUAA